CGGUAUGCGCACCGAAACAUCACCAUAUUUCAGCAUUCAGUCAACUUGCUUGUGUGCUCUUCUUUCUCUCUGCGCGGUGCAUCGUCUCCACGUCCACCCCUCAUCUCCAUUGUGGAUCUCCGUUCCGCGAUAUGGGUUCAAUAGUGCGACAGAUAUUGCUCGCUCUUAUGGUGAGUACCAGUCUCGUUCACUGCGAGCCACCCCUCAGCAACCAAUAUGGAGUCCCCGGAAAUUACGCGGGUGGAGGUCAACAUGGGGCACAGGGCGGUCAUGGGGGAGGCGGAUUCGGAGGUCGUUAUGAAGAUAAUCAGGAUUACAUCGACAACGAGCCAAAAUCCUACGAGUUCGGGUACUCCGUGAAGGAUCAAGCUACCGGAAACGAUUUCGGCAGGCGGGAGUCGAGUGACGGCGAGACCGUUCGCGGCGAGUACCGGGUACAGCUUCCGGAUGGCAGGACACAGAUCGUCACUUACACCGCCGAUUGGCGAACCGGCUUCCACGCGGACGUCAGGUACGAGGGCACCGCGACUUACCCGGAUCAGUACAACACGCAAGGCGGGUACAACACGCAAGGCGGGUACAACGCACAAGGCGGGUACAACGCCGGCGGCCAAGGUUUCGGAGGCUACCAAGGAAACCACAUCGGAGGCGGAUAUUCUGGUGCAGGUGGCAACCAGGGCGCUUACAACUAUCAAUCAGGCGGUGCAGGACACUACAACAACGGCAACAAUUACCAAUUCGGUUCUAAUUCCCUAGAGAGCAGCAGUAGUUAUAACAGUUUCGGUGCGAGGAAUACUUACUCCGGCGUACCGUCGCCCACAUACGGUCCUGCUUUCCAUUAGAAUACGUGAGAAAGUAUUAUAGGUGUACUGAUUUUGCAUGCCUGAGUGUAGCUUCCCCUUUAAAUAAAGACAUUUUUCAUAAAA